CUCUCACACACAGAGAGAUACACACAAUACAAAAUAUACUCUCUUUCUCUCUCUAUAUCUCUCUGUGGACCAGAAAUUGAGCAACAAUUGAACGCGUGAACGGAUCAAAACGGCUUCUUUGGAACCCCCCAGAAGUAACCAAAACCGAAAGGCGUUGCUUGCACGAUCUUUCCGUCUCUUUCUCUUUUCUAUCUUCGUAUAUAAAUGCGCGUAUAUUUUGAGAGCGAUCGCUUUCAAACCGGAGAAUUGAAUUAUACUAAUAAUUGACGGAUAAGGUGGGCUGAUUCCUGUUGCUACUUUCAUUUCCCUGGCUGGCAUCGCAUAAUUCAAUUAUUCGUUAAUUCUCUUGCGCUUUUCCUUUGCUUUCUGGUGAAGCAGUAAAGAAGAAAGGUAGGAGGAAGAAAGUUUCACGCUUGUGUUUGUUGAAAGGCUUCGGAUUCCGAUUGGUGAUCAGGUGCCGAUUUUAGGAUUUUUUGUUUCCUAGCUCCCUGUCACGGUCUCUGUUUGCAUGGCUGAAGCAAGUGAUGAUUCUCUGGUUACUCCCACGAAAAGUGAUGGGAGUGUGAACAAUGAUUUGGCUGGGAAUCAGGAUUCUGCGAGUAAUGGGCGCAGCACUGAUGCCCAUAAUCUUGGAGCAUCUGUUGGUUCCCGUGGUCGGGGGAACAGUUCCUUGAGGAGUUCUGCAGACAAAUUGGUGUCUUCCAAUGGCAAUGAAAAAGUGGUUCCUCAUUAUCUCAGAGCAUCUACUGGCUCUUGUCAUGAUUUCUGUAAAUUUGGAAAGCACCAUUUAGAUGAAAGUAAAGCAAGUAAGCCUUUCCGGAAAAGGAUUGCAAAACUGUCUCCUGAUCAUAUACCUGUUGAGAUACGGGUUGCAGGUGACAAGAAGAAGAAGGAGGUGGUUUUGAGUGGUGAGGAGACGAGAGAGGUGGCCGCCGGUGGCAAGAAGAAAGAUGUGGUGGCGGCAGGUGGCAAGAAAAAAGAUGUGGGGGUUGCAGGUGGCGAGAAGAGAGAAGAGGUGGUCGCACGUGGCAAGAAGAAGAAAGAGGCUUUUUUGAGUGGCGAGAAGAAGAGAGGGGUUGUCACAGGUGGUGAGGAGAAGAGAGAGGUUGUCGCAGGUGGCAAGAAGAAAGAAGUGGUGGCCACAGGUGGCAAGAAGAAGGAAGAGGUGGUCGCAAGUGACAAAAAGAAGGAAGAGGUGGUCGCAAGUGACAAAAAGAAGGAAGAGGUGGUUUUGAGUGGCGAGGAGAAGAGAGAGGUGGUCGCAGGUGACGAGAAGAAGGAAGAGGUGGUCGCAGGUGACGAGAAGAAGGAAGAGGUGGUCGCAGGUGACGAGAAGAAGGAAGAGGUGGUCACAGGUGACCAGAAGAAAGAAGAGGUGGUCACAGGUGACCAGAAGAAAGAUGAGGUGGUCGCAAGUGAUGAGAUGAUGGAAGAGGUGGCAAGUGAUGAUAAGAUGGAAGAGGUGGUUUCAGGUAUCGAGACAAUGGAAGAAUUUGUUAAUCAUGGACCUCCAAUCAAUGUGAAAGUCUGUUCGACUAGCUUGAGGUCAUCCCUUGAUACCGAAUCUUAUACCUCAAAGCCGAAAACAUCCUUGAGCAAAGAAAAGGAAACAAAGCACGGGCCUUCAACAUAUACCAACAAUAGUUCACCUAGAGUUCCUUCUUCAAAUUCUAAAUCUAAUCUGCGGACACCUAAACUGUCCAAAACUUCCUCCUCAAAGCAAAAUGGCUCUUCUGGCAGUAAGACUAUUUUGCCAAAGUGCAAGUCUUCAUCGGCUAAGAAAUCUCCUUCAGUGGAUCCCCCAGAAAUUUUCAAGAGUGUAUACUUUCCCCAUACUGAAGUUGAAGAUUCAGUGAAACAAGGUUCCUCAAUCGAUGAUAAAAUAUCAAAAACAAGGAAAAAGACAACUUCUGCAGCCAAGCAGCGGUUGUCUCCUGUGAAGUUGAAACCUGUUAAGGUUAAGCCAUCAUAUUCUCCUAAUGAUUCAGAUGGUAUGCAUGGAAAAGGCAGAAGUAACAGCAAUGUUCAACCAGGCAGAAAAUUGAUGACAGCCAAAGCAUCUGCAAAGAAGACAUUGACACCUCCUCCUGCUACUCUGCUGUCUAAGCUUCCUUUGAAAACGACAGCACAAAUCAAUUCGGGAAAACGUGGAAACUUGAAAUUGGCAUCUCCUCUGAAGGAUCCCAAUAGGAUACGAAGGGUUAAUACUAAGGCAUCUCAGAGUGAGAAGGUUACUGAGAAAAAGCUGCAUGUCAUCAGGGUUGGAGCUGGCAACAAUGUCUCUGAGACAUCACCUAAAUCUCCACUAUCAGCCGAAUCAUCAUCUCGUGGAAAAUCUUUGUCAUUAUCAUCUUAUGAAGAGGACAAUUCAGAGAUGGAGGAGAGCUCUGUUAAAACACACAAACUAAUCUCCAAGAACUCGCUGAAGACUGUCAAAGAAGCACCUGUGAAAGAGAAUCCUAAGAAGACAGUGCGAAAGAACAGGGUGGUUGUUGCGGGAGAUAAACAUAUCUCUCCUGUGAAAGUGAAGUUCAGAAUGGGGAAGGUAGUGGAACUUCAGUCCGAUAAUAAUACUCCUAGGAAGCUUAUAUUUAGAAGGGCAAGGGUCUUAGGAGUAGAAGAAAGUAAUCUGAGGAGGAAAACCACGAAAAAAGCGGGAGUCACUAGUGACACAGCUGGUACAGGGGUUUUGCCUCAAAAGGUUGUUUUAAAGCAUCAAGAUGUUCAAGGUAAGAAAGAUGCUCAAGGUUUAUUGAACAAUGUCAUCGAGGAGACAGCUAGUAAACUCGUCGUGAGUAGGAAAAGUAAGGUUAAAGCCCUGGUGGGAGCUUUUGAAACCGUGAUCUCUCUACAAGAAAGUAAACCUUCCACACAAGUUGUGAGUUAAUUGUGAAUAUUUUCUUAUCUUGUUUCUGACGGUAUAGAGUGACUGAAUAAUGGUGAGGUGUGAAUAUCGAAGCCGUGUCUGCUUGAUACUAUGAUAUGUGCAAUCCUAGCUGAGGUUAGAACAAGAAAGCCUCGGUGGCUUUGCUGUACGGUGUUCUUGUGUUGAGUGGUUUGUCUAGCCUUCUCGAUCAGGCUCGGAAAACCACUCAGCUGAGGCUGUUUUUUUUCUUUCUUCUUUCUUAGCUUUUAGACUGAAAGAAAAGUGGGAGAUGGUAAACUAUAAAGGUUUUUGGAUGUAGUUGUCUUCCAUGAGGUGAUGAAACUUGGUAUAACUUAAGUAUGUUUUGGAGUUGACCAAACACAUGCUUUGUGUUGGUUUUGUAGUGACUCUCUAGCUGUGAAUUGAAGUGUUUUAAUCAUCUAAUUGAUGAUGAAUGGCUUAUAUAUUCUUUGACAGAAGCUGGAUUAUUGUUACUCUUACUGAUAUUGUUAAGUUUGUAAUUUGUUUUGGGAUUAUAAAGCUCUUAACACUUACGUA